UCUGAGUUGGCGCACCUGGUCGACUUUCCCGUCUCAAUUGAGAUUCCACCGACUCGAAGCGGAAGAGAAUGGCGCCGCGAUGGCCGCGGACGAGGCUGCUCGCUGCAUGCCUCUUCGUGCUCCUCGCCGCCGUCACCGCACAGCAGCCGUCGCCCAACAGCACGACCGUGACGCCCGUGCCUGCCCCGACGACGUCAACGCCGACACCGGCACCACCGACGCCGUCGCCCGCCCCCGUGACACCGACACCGACCCCGUCGCCGACGGCAAAGCCCACGUCGCCACCGACGCCGGCCCCUACACCAAGCAGUGCAUCGCCGACGACAGCAGCACCGAUGACAUCGGCGCCACCGUCGCCCAGUACGAGCCUUACACCCACGACGCCGACGGCAACCACGGCAACGAUCGUCCUGCCGACGACGGCAGCGGACACGACGAUGCCGAUUGUGAGCGCUUGCGUCUCGUGCUCAACCCAAGUGCCGGCGUCGACCGAAAGCCACAAGUCACCGUCGAGCAACACCAACACCAAUGGCAAGCCGACGUCGCAGGUCAAUCUCCAAGAUGCAGCCCAAGACUCGCCCAACAGCAGCACUGCCAUCAUCCUCUCUGCCGCUGCUGCUGUCGGCGUCUCGGUCAUUGUCGCGCUCGUCGUUGUCCGGCAGCGCCAGCAGCGCGAGAGCGAAGAGAUCAAGACCCGCGCGGCCUCGUCGUUUGCACUUUUGGCGAGCAACCGGGACUCAACAAUUCCGGUGCUCUACAGCACCAAGCGUCUCUACGAGCCGUCGCCGUACGCGGCUACGUACGCCCGCGCCCCGCCGGCGCCGGUGCCGACAGCCACGUUGCCUAGUGCCCCAGCGCCAAUCAACUUUGCGGCCACGUACAAGGUGAGCGACCUCUCCGAGCUCUCGGACGACUCGUCGAUCCGCGACACGGACGACAGCCGCGGGCUCAAUGCCGUCUCCGAGUCGUUUUACUACGGCAGCCAAGAUUCGGUCAUCACGAUCGAAGAGGAGGAGUUUGACGACUCGUUCGAGUCGGCGCCGCGACGCACGAGCUCGAUCCAAGAGAACGUUGUCUGGAACGACUCGAUGGACCGCGAGCUGUCGAUGGACUCGAUCGUCCGCGAGAGCUCGAUGCGCCGCGAGAGCUCCCUCGUGCGCGACAGCUCCAUCAUGAUUGGCAGCGCGUCCGUCGACAACCCCGAUUGGAUGAACACGGCGCGGCUCAUGGCGUCCGACGUCCACGACCUCUAGUCGUCGUCGUCACUGGUUGUUAUUUAAUAUCUUGCUCCACCACCACAACGAGGCGAGCAGUAGCAGCUCAACACGCCCCGUAUACCCUUGACAAUACAAGCGCAUAAGCAUUCCGGUACCAAGAUCCAAGCGUGUUUCCACGCGCCAU